AUGACUGGCCCCGCGCACCUCGGCGGCCACGCAAAGAAGCACAAGGUCACCAUCGUGGGCUCCGGUAACUGGGGAUCGACCAUUUCCAAAAUCAUCGCCGAGAACACGCGGUUAAACAAGGAUGUCUUUGAGGAGCAGGUCCAGAUGUGGGUGUAUGAGGAGGACGUAGCCAUCCCGGCCAGCUCAAAGCACUUCAAGGGCGACGACACACCCCAGAAGCUCACCUCCAUCAUCAACUCGUGCCACGAGAACGUCAAGUACCUCCCCGGCAUCACCCUGCCCUCCAACAUCGUCGCCAACCCGUCCCUCGUCGACGCCGUCCGCGACUCCACCAUUCUCGUCUUCAACUUGCCGCACCAGUUCAUCGGCAAGGUCUGCGACCAGAUCCGCGGCCAGAUCCUGCCCUUUGCCCGCGGCAUCAGCUGCAUCAAGGGCGUCAACGUCUCCGACGACGGCGUCAGCCUCUUCAGCGAGUGGAUCGGUGACGGGCUCGACAUCUACGUCGGUGCCCUGAGCGGCGCCAACAUCGCCAACGAGAUCGCCGCCGAGAAGUGGUCCGAGACCACCAUCGCCUACGAUCCCCCGGCCAUGGACAGCCGCGCGCCCUCACCCCGCUCCGGCAGCCCCCAGCCCCUCUUCACCGUCACCGAGGUGCCCGACUCGGUUCACCGCGACGCCCGCGGCCGCACGUCUAAGACGAAGCUGACCGGUGUGCCUCCCGAAUACCCGCCCCUGGACCAUGACUGCUUCCGUGCCCUCUUCCACCGUCCUUACUUCCACGUUCAGAUGGUCUCGGACGUGGCCGGCGUGUCGCUCGGCGGUGCGCUCAAGAACAUUGUCGCGCUGGCGGCUGGCUUCGUCGACGGCCGCGGCUGGGGUGACAAUGCCAAGGCUGCUAUCAUGCGCAUUGGCCUCAUGGAGAUGGUGCGGUUCGGCAAGGAGUUUUUCGGCGAGACUGUGCAGAGCGCGACCUUUACUGAGUCCUCUGCCGGCGUGGCUGAUCUGAUCACUUCGUGCUCUGGCGGCCGUAACUUCCGCUGCGCCAAGAAGGCCGUCGAGAAGGGCAUCACGGUCGACCAAGUGGAGCAGGAGGACCUCAACGGCCAGAAGCUCCAGGGAACGACGACGGCAUACGAGGUCAACAGCUUCCUCAAGGCACGAGGCCUGGAGAAGGACUACCCGCUCUUCACUGCCGUCAACGACAUUCUUCGGGGCACCAGAAAGGUCGACGACAUUCCCGAGCUGGUGGCUGCUGUCGAUGACGAGUAG